UGACUACAGGUAUGUGGCUGCUGCUCUGGCUGUCAUGAGGAACGUGACCCUGCAGAUCAACGAGCGGAAGCGGAGGCUGGAGAACAUUGACAAGAUAGCUCAGUGGCAGGCCUCUGUUCUGGACUGGGAGGGAGAGGAUAUCUUGGACCGCAGCUCGGAGCUGAUCUACACGGGGGAGAUGUCCUGGAUUUACCAGCCUUAUGGACGCAACCAGCAGCGAGUUUUCUUCCUCUUUGAUCACCAGAUGGUUCUCUGCAAGAAGGAUCUGAUACGAAGAGAUAUUCUGUAUUACAAAGGUCGCAUAGACAUGGACAAAUACGAGGUGGUGGAUAUAGAAGAUGGGAGAGAUGAUGACUUCAAUGUCAGCAUGAAGAAUGCCUUCAAACUUCAUAACAAGGAGACUGAGGAAAUGCACUUAUUCUUUGCCAAGAAACUGGAGGAGAAGUUACGGUGGCUUAGAGCUUUCAGAGAAGAGAGGAAGAUGGUAAAAGAAGACGAAAAGAUAGGCUUCGAAAUUUCUGAGAAUCAAAAGCGACAAGCGGCAAUGACAGUAAAGAAAGUCAGUAAGCAAAAAGGUAACCGGCAACACGCACUGUGCCUGGUGAUGUGAGGGUGGAGCGGGCUGGGCUGAAUCCUGCUGGGCUGGGAUCCAGCUUCCCCCUGGAAAUUCCCCCUCCCCUUCCUCAGUUUUUUUUAAUAUAAAAAUACCGUUUGUGCAUUGUAUCCUUUCUUAAUGUAUCCGUGGGGCAAAUUAAUCUCUGGUCUGAGGCGGUCGAAGCCGGCGGGAUCUCACCAGAGAUGAAUUUGAUCUCGUUGUCUCCAGUCUGAUGUCCAGAAGCUGUCCCUGGGGGCAGAAAUCUUCUCUCAGUUGUUUACCUCAGGCUGAAGUGAGUGCGGAGAUGUGGAAGGGUUCUGCUCAUUCCCAAAGCCUCCCA